AUGAAGCGAAACUGUCUGGAUCCCGAUCCCAAUGCCUCGGAGGACGAUGAGGAGGUGUCACUGGAUCAAACGCUGGAUCCCGACGACUUUGAAUACCACGGAACUAUUUAUUUCGAGCCUCCAAAAUGGAAGGGUCGCAAGCGGCGCAGGCAAUCCUCUCCGGUGACACGUCCUAAAAUUGUCUCCCUUGAAUUGGGCAAACAAGUGGCUGUUGUUCGGGACAUGCCACUGGAUAAUAUCGCCCUGGAAGAUGAUGCAGAACUGAAGACGAACUUGCUCAAGUUUCUGGGUCUGAUGGCGCCACGUCGCAGGCUGUAUACCCCUGGGGAAUACACCACUCCGGAAUCGGAGGAUCCGACUUUUACCGUCACUCAUCCACUGAAUAGUUCCACUUUCUCCCCCGCACAACCAAUCAGUAUCUCCUCCACCUGGUCAAGUCUCAAUCUAGCAAAUCUCCAUCCACCGAACCCUGAGGAACUCACGGCCAAGAGAAAAACCAAUAUCCUUCUGCGGACCGAGGCCAAAAUAAAUGAGAUGCAGACGUCGAAUUUCCUCAAGGAGAUUGAUCUCAGCGAGCUGCCCACCAGGAGGCAGUUGGCCGCCAUUUGUCGCCGGCACAAGAGCAACAUCGCCUGCCUGGAGCGGCAUCCACACUUCCACAGAUUCGUUGAGUCGCUCCACCCGUCGGUCUCGAUCAACAUGUGCCAUCCGCUGGCAGUCACCUACCGGGAGAGAAGCUUCGACAGCUGCAAGGGGGAACUGGCCAAGGUAUUGUUCAACAUCUUUAACCAUGCAAUCUUCCACUGCGGCCUCGUUGCACCAAUCGUUUGGAAGCGCUCCUUGCGCUCAUCCUGCAAAGGUGAGCUGACCAUUAACUCCUCUGGAAAACGCUCUGCACGAAUCCUGCUGUGGAAGAAGAUAAGUCAGCCGGAGAUGCUCAUCAAAAUGCUCCUGUAUAAGAUGUGCCAAGCGGCUGCAUUUGUCUUCAACCGGGAGACGGGACACGGCGAUCACUGUCGCAGAUGGGCCUACCAGGCGAAGAGGGCGAUGCCGGAGCUGCCGGAGAUUGUAGACUGCGAUCCCAGCUUUAAGUAUACCUGCUCCAUGUGCGCCCGCUGGUCAUAUGGACGGAUUGAAUUCGAGGAGGAUAGGAUUCGCUGUCACUACUGCCAGUUUGAGGUGAUCGUUAAACCAUUUCGAAAAGCUGACAGGAACACGGGAACCCGACCGGAUCGGAGUAUUACCCCAUUCAAGGCCUUCAUCCGGAAAAACUACUUGAAGCUGAGCGAGAAGGGAUAUAUAUCCCAUAGCUCGAUAAUGAGACUGCUCAAUGAGGAGUACCGAAAAAUGGGAGCUACUUCGAGUUAG